AUGCUAGACACAGACGUUGAGCUCGCUGAAGCAGCCGCCGAUUGGCUCGUCACCCUUGGUGCUGCCGCGUCUUCGGAUGACCUCGACGCGUUCGCCGACCACUUCUUACCUGAUGGCUGGCUUCGCGAUCUCCUCUGUUACUCCUGGGAUUUCAGAACUCUAUCCGGGCGCGACACCAUCUACAACUACCUCGCCGCUCCUGCUUCCGACAAGUACAGCACCAACGGAUUCACUUCGGAUGCCGCUCCGAGCCCCAAGUCCCCGCACGGCCGGCGCCGGUUCGACGCCACCGCGAUUCAUGCCCUCGAGCUCGACAUAAAUAGCACGCUCGACGGGCCAACCGCUUUUCCGCUCCCCGCUGACCCGUCGCAGAGCGGCGUCCAGGCCGCCUUCACAUUCUCGCUGCGCGAGCCGCACGCCCGCGGCCGGGGGUUCUUCCGGCUUGUGCCCACGCCACGCGCCGGGUGGAAGGCGCUUACGGUGUUCCUGAGUCUGCAUGAGCUCAUCGGCUACGAGGAGCCCGUCGCGCGCCCACUAGGCAUUCCGGAGGAUCCAGCGACGGUGGCCGCUUGGGAGGACGAGUAUGUGAAGGAGGGCGAGGCGAUUGAGAAGGACCCAACUGUGCUGAUUGUGGGAGCCGGUCAAGCUGGUCUCAUGUGUGCUGCACGCUUCCGUCGAAUGGGAAUAAGGACGCUGGUCGUCGAGAAGACCCCUCGUGUAGGAGACGUGUGGCGCCAGAGGGACAGAGAGACGUUUCCCAAAUAUGUCGAUCGGACGAGGCUCGCAAACUUCAUGGAGUCGUACGCUAUCUUGCAAGACUUGCACAUCUGGACGUCCACGACAGUCUUGUCUUCACCUGAGCCCAGGUACGACUCCAAUACGCAGCGAUGGACUGUCACCGUUUCCCGGAAUGGAGGAACGUUUGAGAUAAAACCCAAACACCUAGUCCUUGCACUGGGUAGCGGUCAACCAACUACUCCCACGUGGCCGGGAAUGGAUACAUUUGAGGGUAACACUUAUCACUCGGACUAUCACAGAAACGCGGGGAAGUGGCGAGGAAAGAAAGCGAUUGUUGUAGGCUCCUGCAACGCUGGCGCAGACAUUGCCCAGGACUUCGCAUCUAAUGGUGUCGACGUUACUAUUGUUCAACGUACCCCUACCUGCGUCAUGUCUUACAAGACCGCCGACAAGCUCACGUUUGAUCCUAUUUGGAAUAAGUCACGAGCGUCGGAGGAUGCAGAUCUUUUCGGAAAUUCCAUGCCUAAUCGGCUAGUCAUCCAAUCUCUAGCAAACGGAGGGCUCGACCAGUUCAAGAAGCUUGACGCUGAACUUCACGUCGGCCUCGAGGCGAAAGGUUACAAGCUGACCUGGUCGCUCAACGGCGUAGAAGCUGGCUAUCCUGUUUUUCUCUUAGAGCAGCUGGCACGAGGAACGAUGAUGGAUAUCGGUGUUGGACAGCUGAUCAUCGACGGCAAGGUCAAGGUCAAGCAUGGCGUUGACAUCGUCGGCUUCGAGUCAGACUGUGUUGUCUUUGCCGACGGUACAAAGCUCCCCGCCGAUGUUGUUGCGUUAGCCACAGGAAAUGCCCCAGCCAUUGAGACGAUAAGGUCACUAGUAGGCGCACAUCUUGUGUCGAAAAUCGGGGGUAAAGUGUGGGGCCUUGAUCCCGACGGUGAACACCGUCGCCUGUUUCGUCCGACCGGUCAACCUGGCUUGUGGAUCGUUGGCGGAGGCAUCAGUACUCCUAGGUAUCACAGUCGACACUUGGGUUUGCAGAUUCUGGCCGAAGAACUCGGGAUCAAAGGUCCUACCCCUGGUUAUUCCGGAUAAACGAAGUUGUAAUUAUAUCGAUUGGAUGGAAGUAUGGUAUUGGUGAUAUG